GCCUCCAACUUUGGCUGUCACGCUUGCGCGUGUCAGUCAGGUGCCGUGGCAAAGCUUCCACGGCGGCAGUUUCGAUCGGAACAACCGGAGUCCCAGCUGCAGGUAAUCCUGCGUGCUGCCCGCACCUACAAAGAUCCCGGCCUGAAGCAAACCGUGGCGAGACCAGAGCUUCCUCUCAAGCGCCACGCGAAGGAUCUGUACCUUCCCAAGGAGCCGCUACCAGCGCUCCUGCAGAUACCUCCAGGAGGAGGAAGAUGUCAGGCCCUCUGGGCCUUGCCCGGCGGUGGCCGGCGCAGCGCCCAACGCGAGAUUCCGAGUCGAGCCUUGGAG